CGACGAACCGUUGACGACAGGACCCAACUCUAUUUCAUCGCGUUCUACUCACGACAUGUCCGUGACCACAUCUUAUAACGAUACCGCCGUCGUCUCUUCGAGCUUCAUUGAUCUACGCAUGGAACCCAACACUGUCACCCCAUCGCGACCCCCCACGCUGAACAACCUUGACCGCGCCGACCGUCAGCGUCUCAUACGCUCCACGCGCAAACUCGGUGCAGUCCUCGGCACUACACCUCUCCUCCUCGAUGCCAAUGAUCAAACCCACGUUGGGGCCCUCUUUGCCCGGAGGCACAGACGAUGGCAACAGAGCCACGGGGCCCUGUCCAACCGCAAUGCCUCCUUCUCAUCUACCGCCAAGUUAAUGCAUCGCGACGACGACGACGCGGCGUCGUUCGUCGAUAUGGACGAGGAUGAAGAAGACCACCAUGUAGAGAACAUCGCCCCCAAUUCCCAACGUCAUCCGGGUCCCUCGCAGCUAGUCGCAUUGGAUCUGCCUAAACCUGCGCAACUGCACACCCGCUACGAAAGAGUCGAGAAGCGCCGGCCCGAACCCGAGGAGUUCGUAACCCCGACGCGCCCUGUCCUGCUCUGUCUACACGACAACGCAGAGUCACUAUCCCCGACCGCGUCCGCGUCCGUCCCUCCUACGCCCACCACCGCGGCCUCCGCCACAUUCACCGUCUCCUCGCCCUCCACGCCCGCCUUCGACGCCCUCGAGCAGCGCCGCAAGAAGAUGGCCAAACUCACGCGACAUCUCGGUGCCGCCCCGCCCACCGACCUCGUCUUCCCUCCUUCUCCCACAAGGGCCGUCGUGUGCCGCACGUCCCCCCGAUCUUCCGACGGCGGCAAGGUUUCCACGAUCGGGCUCGGCAGACGUCGCGCGCGCGCAUUCAGCGUGGACCUCCACCGCCUUUCUGCGAACGUCGACUUCGUCGGCAUCGCGCGCUCGGUCGCAAGCCAGGGCAAGGGCGUCCCGCCCCUUCCUAUCGCUGGCGGCAGGGACUCGAGUGAAGCAUGGGUCGGGCACUGGAACAGGAACGAUAUCCGCACCGUGCAACAGCAGUUGCGACAGCUCAAGGCCUAAGCAAUAUUCUUGCUUUCGAGCUCCUCAGUCAAGGGCCAUCGACGGCGCCGGCGCGAUGUACGGGCCACCAGAUUGCCUGCACAUUUUCUUGGAAGAUUUCAUCCAAAUCAUCAGCUUGCUUGAUAUUUCUGACCCCUUGCUCAAUGCUAUGAUUUCAUCAGGAAAAAUCGGACUAUCGAAAGAGUCGCUCAUUGGGUACCGAAACCCUCUAAAGCUACUAAAUGAGCACAUUUUAGUACAUUUUAGGAGGUUUUUAGCAAAUCCGGUUUUUCCUGAUGUUAUCGUAUGUUCAGUGCUUGACUACGCAUUCUCCUCCUGGACCUGAGGCUCCUUGGACCAUCGUCUCAGUGAAAAGACACUUUCAGUCAUCUACUGUAUCCAUUAAGUUCCAUUUGACGAGUCGUUCACC